ACGGCGCUAAAAAAGUGCAAUGGGAGAUAGAUCAAAGAGAAUCCUGACUAUGGCAUUAAACUUACAGCUAGCACAAAAGAAAGCUACAAUGAAAAUGAAACGUAUAAACAAAAAAGAAACAGACGAUCCUAAUUAUGUACCCCUAAGCAACUAUUAUAGUAGCGCGAGUUCGGAAAAUGAAUCAGACGAGGAUGUGGGUAAAAAUGAUUUCAAAACUCAAAAUGUCUCGUCCCCUUCUAAAACAGUAGAAAGUCCUAUAACAACUCAAUCAGCAUCAGAUGGUAUUAAGAGGAUACACAUUAUUUCUGAUAUUCUAAUAAUACCUCCAACGGAAAAAACAGAUCUAAAUGAAGCACCUACUUUUUUAGUUGUCAGUAGCAUUUUAGAUGAAAUAUUGGAGAAUGUAUACACCAAAUUUACUAAACUGGGACAGAAGCGAAAAAGACAAAAGUUUGUUCAGUCAGUGAAAGAUCGAAGAGAAAUUAAAUUGGAUAAGAUAAGAGCCAAACAUAGUUUAAGGAAUCGAUCAUGUGAAUUAAAGAAAUGCAAGGAAAAGUGUUUGAAAAUUAGUGAUAUACGGCGUGAAGAACUAAAUACCCAAUAUUGGAAAAUGACCAACAAAGAACGCAAAACAUUUCUUUUAACCUAUACAAAAAAAAUGCAAGUCAAACGUCGUACUGUGCAACCUGCUUUAGGUCAACCAUCAUACAGAAGGCAAAAUUCGCUUUCGUAUUACUUAAAAGAUGAAGACGGUAAUAUAAUUGAAGUGUGCAAAGAAAAUUUCACAUCUACACUUGGUUACUGCACUAAUAAUGAUAGAGUUAUUAGAACAGUAUUAAAAGCUGAGAACAAUGCUCUGAUGCCUCUUGACGAUAGGAGAGGAUCUCAUACCCCUGCCAAUAAAUUAGAUAAGUCUAUUGUUAUUGAUCACAUCAAUUCUUUUGCGCCAUCUAUUGCCCAUUAUCGGCGCGAGCAUGCUCCGCUUCGACUAUACUUACCGACUGAUUUAAAUGCCAAUAUAAUGUACAAACAUUUUCAAAAUAUUUAUGGAGAGACAUGGUGUUCUUACGACUAUUACAGGACUACUUUAAGGGACCUCAACAUCAGCUUUGUGAAACUAGGACACGAAGACUGUUUUGUUUGCGAAAAAUCUGACCUGCAUUUUAAAUCCACCGACCAUAAGAAAAAUUCUCUCAAUGAGAUUUGUGUAGACUGUAAACAAUAUGAGCGACAUAUAUUAAAGGCACAACAAGCAAGAGAGCAAUAUAAAGCGGAUGGAGCUGCUGCAAAUGCCAAUGGAAAACCUGUAUUUUCUGGAGAUUUACAGAAAGUGAUCAUGCUUCCUCGAUUUGAAUCACUAAAGGAUGUCAUAUUUGCUCAAAGACUCGUGGCCUUUCAUGAAACUUUUGCGCCUGUUGGAACUAAAUCUAAAAGAAAACCUCUUGCGAUAUUAUGGCAUGAAGCGAUAACUGGACGAUCGCGAGUGGAUAUAAUUAGUACAUUUUAUCGUUUCUUCCUUCAUAACAGAGACGAACCAGAUAUUGUUUUGUGGCUUGAUAAUUGCAGCGCUCAGAAUAAAAACUGGGCGUUGUAUUCCAUGUUUGCAUAUGUUGUCAACUGCAAGGAAUUAAGUCUAGACAAGUUACAAGUUAAAUACUUCGAACCAGGACAUACGUUUAUGUCAGCAGACGCAUUCCACCACCAAGUGGAGAAGUCAUUAAAGGAAAAACACAAAGUUCUCGAUUUCAAUGACUUCAUUGAAUGCGUCAAGAAAAGUAACUCUGGUAAAGUGGAUGUUGCAGAAAUGAAAUUACACGAUUUUUUGAAUUGGAAAGACCUUGCUUCUCAAUAUAAAAUUACCAGAGCCACACCAAGACCGUAUUUGAAGGAUAUUGUAUAUAUCGAGUUUAACAGAGGAUCUCUUAACAUGAAAUACAAACAGAACUUUGCAGAUGAACUCUUAAUUGAAGUAAGCUUUCUAACAAAAAAAGCAGAAAGGGAAAAACUGUCUCUUCCCGAACCUAAAACAAACCCCAGAGGGUUUCCAUCUCUUCGAAAAAAAUCAAUAUUGGAAAACCUUUCACCAAUUAUUCCGUCCAGCAGACUAAUAUUUUGGCAGCAGUUACCUGAAGUCGAGGAAUUAGGAGAAGAUGAGGAAGACUGAAUGAUAUAAAAUAUUUAGUUAUUUGUACUUAAACAUGCUACAUAUACUUUUUUUAAUAAAUGAGUACCUAUCUGUUCUUUGUAACCUAUUUACUUAUUGGUACAUUUCACUCUAGAGAUUUACAUAUUUAUAGCUCAGGUACUA